AUGACAUCUCAAGAACCUUUCCCUUCAGUGGUUACAAAUGCAGUUCCACGUCCGGCCCCCCAUGGUAUGGGGAAUGGACUGUUUGCAACAAAAGAUAUCCAGAUCGGGCAAGAUGUUGUGCAUGCAAAAGUACCGUUUGUAGCGGUUCUUGACUCGCCGCGCCUGGACGAUACUUGCGCGGGGUGCUUCGGAAAGCGGCAAAUGGAGACGGGGACAGACCUGAAGGCUUGUACAGGGUGUCGGGUUGUCAGAUAUUGUGAUAGAACAUGUCAGCUCAAAGACUGGAAAUUUGCACACUCUCUGGAGUGCAAGAUUUUUCAAAAUUUGAAGCCCCAAAUUUUGCCCAAUAAUGGCCGGGCGCUUUUGCGGAUCAUCCUCCGGGCGUGGAAGAACAAGUGCACGACUCAGGAGAUGGACCUCUUCACCAACCUCGAGACACAUAUUCAGGAGAUUUCUGAAAGCCAAGCUCAGCUGGAUCGAAUGAAUCUUUUGUCCAAAGCUGUCAAGAGUUACUCGGAGACGAAUAUCAGCCAGGAGGUGAUCAUGGGAUAUGCGGCCCGAUUGGAUCUGAAUUCUUUCAACCUGACCACCGCCAUGUACGAUCGCAUCGGUCUUUACUUACAUCCAUUCGCCGCUUUGAUCAAUCACAGCUGUGACUACAAUGCCACCGUCGGAUUUGAUGGCGAGGAGCUCUUUGUCAAAGCCAUCCGUCCCAUCAAGAAAGAUGAGCAAAUUUUCAUCUCAUACAUUGAUACCACCACUCCCUAUGCAGUUCGCCGCAAAGAGCUCUCUGAACGAUAUUAUUUUGACUGCCAGUGCACCAAAUGUGCAAAGGGUCCAGAUGGCCCGGAAGACCAAUUCUCGCAUUCACCCAAGGACCGGACCGCUUUGGAGGCUGCAGAGAAAGAGGCCCUGGAGCUGAUGCAGGAGGCCUCAUAUUUUGACAGCAAGCCACAAGAACAAAUCCAAGCUCUGGAGUCGGCAAUGCGCACACUCAAAAAGACAUCCAACUGGCCCCUGACCCGCCAGCCAUAUGCCUCUCUACGUGACCAGCUCAUCCUCUCCCUCCUCUCCGUCAACAAUUUCAGCAAAAGCUUCCUGCAUGCGGCAAUCCGAUAUCUGCGAAUUGAUCCGGUCUUAUACAGCCCCAGUCAUCCCAUCCGUCAAUUGCAUGGCUGGGUGCUGGCCAAACUGGCAAUUUAUCUUUCCCAGGAGGGAUUUGAGUCUGAUUCAAAGGAAGCUGCCCUCAUUCAAGAAACUCAGAUGAACUUCCACUAUGUACUGUGGUACUUGCUUGCUGAUUUGGCCAGUCGACAAGCUGAGAGCUGCACAGUUCCAAGUUUCAAGAGACUGGUUGGUGCAAAUUUUGCACAGGUUCACAAUGAGUUUAAAGCAAAUGGGAUAGAUCCGAGCACUUCCAAGGCGGUUGUGAGUGCGGAAUGGAGGAAGCUGGAGAAGCUGGUGGAGAUUGCGUUAGAAAGGGAAUGA